ACUAAAUAAAUAAAAACAAAAAAAACCUCUUACAUGUAUGAUUCUAACAUGUUAACACAUGUACAUGCAUUACAUUAUAUAUGAAUGUUCAAAGCCACCUUUGACAGUUGUAUCUUUGCCUUUAAAGAUAGAAACCUCUUUCUCAAAGACCAAAAACAAAAUCUUUUUUUUUUUUCUUUUUUUUUUGGUGUUGCCCUUCUCUUCUUUCUUCUUCAAGGUAGCCUCCAAGCAAAACGCAGAGGAACCUAAUCCGUUGUCUGGUCAUUACUUUACAAGAAGCUAUCAUUUGUCCUUAAUGUUGGCUUCUUCUUGUCCAUUUCUUCCUUUCUUCUUCUUCUUUUGAAACACAAGAAAAAAAACAUCUUUAACCCAGAACAGAGUAAAAAAAGACCAAGAAACUGGUAAUUGCAAAAGCAGAGACUACAUAUGAAGAGAAACUUGAAUUUGUGAAAGUCUGUUUAGAUUAUCCCUUUUGAGAUAAGUGCUAAGGAGCAGAAGAAGAUAUGUCUGCAAAACUUCUCUAUAACUUGUCAGAUGAGAAUCCAAAUCUUAAUAAACAGUUUGGAUGCAUGAAUGGGAUCUUUCAAGUGUUUUACCGGCAACAUUGUCCGGCGAGACCAGUCGAUGUCUCUGGCCAUGUAGAGAAAUCUUUGCCUCCAGGAGAAAGAAAAGAUGUCGUCGGUGAAACUAACAUGGAAAGUGAUAAAGAAACGGAGAGGAGUAGUACCAAGAAGAAGAAGUCUGCAGCAAAGGAGAAGCAUAGAGCCUCUUCUGAAUCCUCUUCAAGGCCUUCGUUUUCCUCUUCUCCUCGCUCCUCAAGCUUCUCGUCUGCAGAAGUCAGUACCACAGCUUCUCAAUUUGACCCGCCUGGUGAGAAUCUGAUCAGAGAGCAGCCCAAUGGUGGCUUGAUGAUGCCAUAUGAUCUAAAGGAGCUUGUGAAAGGCUCUAUUAAUAGAGAAAUAAGAACCAGAGGUGAAGAAGCAGCCUUCACUCAUCAGCAGCAGCCCAAUUCAGCUCGAACUAGCUUCUUGUUGCUCUCGUCAUUGCGUUCACCAUGUCGGAGUUCUAAUGAGUGGAAUGAAGGAAGAGGAAUGGCUGUGAGGUUUAAGGAAAGUCAUCGCCUUUCUUAUGAUGAGAGGGAGAUGAGAAACAACGGAUACAAGACGGGCUCGAAGUUCAAAGAGACACCGAGGUUGUCAUUGGAUAGCAGAUCAAAUUCCUUUAGGAGUCCGAGAGCAGAUAGCCCGAGAUCAAGUUGUCCAGAGGAACACGAAACAAUAAGUCACAGGAGAUCGAACUCGAGUGUUGUUGCCAAAUUGAUGGGUCUUGAAGUCAUGGCGGACAAUUCUGAUACGGAACAGAGAAGAGAAAACCGGUUUUGUGAUUCUCCAAGGCCAAUGUCUAGAAUGGAACCAACAGCUCUACAGAGAUCUAGAAGCGUUGAUUCCAUGAAGAAGAUACCUGCUUCUGCUGCUUCCAAGUUUCCAAUGGAACCAGCUCCAUGGAAGCAAAUGAAAGCAGGCGACACUGCACUGACGGUUUAUGGCGAAAUUCAGAAGCGGCUUACACAGUUGGAGUUUAAAAAGUCUGGAAAAGAUCUCAGAGCUCUUAAGCAAAUACUUGAGGCUAUGGAGAAAACGCAGCAGUUAAUAGAUGAAAGCAGAGAUGAAAACAGUACACUGAGUACAACCACUCCUAUGCAGAGAACCAACCAGCCAGUUCCAGCUGCAACAAGUCCAGCCAGGAACUUCAAAUCUUCGAUCGUUCUUAUGAAGUCGGCGGCUCCAGCUUCCCCCUCUUCGCUAUCACAGAAUGUCAGUUUACCAAAUGUCAAGGUUGGAAACUCUAAACAAACCCGAAAAGUCACCUCGGGGAAGCAGAACGCGAUGGAUUUAACCCCAAGGCCAGGCCUUUACAAGGGCCAACAUGAUUCCACGAAGAGCAAUAGCCCAAAAACAUUACGGUCGAGGCAAGUUUUGGCUGCGGAUUCUUGUUCCAUGACCAAGUCAGGUAGGAGCCAACAGAACAGUGUCAGCCCAAGAGCACAGCCAAAGAAGCUCGGGUUCGAGAAGCAGUCUCGACCCACAACUCCAAAAUCAGAGUCAGGCAAAAAGCAAAUAGGAAGGCAGCAGACAGAGGUAGCCUCCCCGAGAAGAAAACAGGGAUUAAAACCUCGCAAUACUCUUCAGCAACCUGAUGACCAUUUAAGUGAUGCAAGCAGUGACUUGAGGAGUCUAAGAUCUGACAGCAACAUAAGCUUGGGGUCGAAUGUUGACACCGAGGUUACAAGCAGACAUAGGUUGGAGAGAAAUUGUGACUUCCAAGAGCAGCACACCCCAAGACAAAGGAGUUCGGACUUUGGAAUCAAACAAGACAGGCCGUCCCUAAAACCUCUGAAAGUUACAAUUGAACAACCGAGCCCAGUUUCAGUUCUUGAUGCAGCCUUCGACGACGAGGAUUCACCGUCCCCUGUGAGGAAGAUAUCCCUUAGUUUUAAAGAGGAGGAUCCUUCACGUUCUGAAGAAUCUGAGUGGAUAAACAAGCCUACCAGCUUCUGCAGAUCCAUACUAUUUCCUGAGAGUAAUCAGGGCACAACACAGCUAGGUUCUGAUCUUCUCGAAUACCUCCCUGAAGACGGUACAGACUUCAAAAGCGGCGACAACAAGUACAUCUUGGAGAUAUUGUUGGCAUCAGGGCUUCUAAGAGAUCUCGAAUACAGCAUGGUAAGCUUUCAGCUGCACCAAGCGCGCCUCCCGAUCAAUCCUGGUCUGUUCUUUAUCCUGGAACAGAAUAAGGCCAGCAAUGUGACUCUACCGGACAGCAAAUAUAGAGGCAGAGGUUUCAGACACGAGCAGACAAACGCGACAGAGAAAAUCAGGAGAAAACUGGUCUUUGAUACCGUAAACGAGAUUCUAGCUCAGAGAUUCACUGCAGAAGGCAGUACCAAACCACGUUUAACAUCAUAUCCACUCAAAAAGAUGGAGAAAAUAUCAAAAGAAGAAAAACUUCUGCAGACUCUGUGUUCAGAGAUUGAUAGGUUACAACAAAACAACUCAAAGUGUCUCUUGGAGGACGAUGAGGAAGACAUCGUAUGGGAGGACCAGCAAAUUCAAGGCAUGAACUUGAAAGAGUUUGAAGGAGAGACUCCAGGGAUUGUGUUAGAUAUUGAGAGAAUGAUUUUCAGAGACUUAGUUAAUGAAGUUUGCUUCUGCUAAUUUGUUUAUGGUUAUCACUUAGAAUUGUAAAUGAAGGGAUCUUAGAGAGGAAAGAACCUCUGGUCCUCUUCCUACUUGGUUGUUGUAACCAGCAUAUAUAUACAGGUCUAAUUAAUGUAUAAGGAUAAUGCAUAUACCAAAAGUGCCAAGAGCAUA